GAGGAUUAGAAAGCAGUCAGCUACGCUUCGUUUCAGACGCAUUUCUCCUAUUGGAAAAUUGACUAGGAAAUUAAUUUUUUUUAUUAAAGAAAGUGUGUGAAAAAAUCUGAGAACACUCGAGUGUUCCAACAGUGUCACUUUGGAAAUUGUCGCAGAAUUCCUUUAGCUUUGUGUUAUUAAAUUUUGGUUUUUGAUUGUGAUUCUGCCAAUUGAGAAAAUGACUUCGAUUGAAUCAAAACGCGUUCAAUAUCGUAAGUACUUGGAACGGGCCGGAGUUAUUGAUGCUCUUAGUAAGGCACUAAUCAAGCUUUAUGAGGAGCAAAACAAGCCUGAGGAUGCCAUUCGAUUUGUGCGAAAGUUCAUGUGCGAAAGCUGCCCGGAUGAUGCACAGUACGAUGUUAUGAAGAAUGAUCUAGAAGAGGCCAAGACGACUAUAUCACGCUUAGAGCAGGAAUUGGAGCGCUUACGCGGACAAAUCAAGAAGUCUCCCGAAGAGUACCAGGAACUCACAAUGGCUGGUUAUAAGUCCCUUGUUGAUGAUGAGGAGAAUGUCAGCUCACUGUUGCGCAAAUAUCUCACUCCUGAGCUUUUGGAGGAGUAUAUGUUGGUUACAACCUCAUCUCCGGUGGACGCUUAUCUAUAUGAUUGUGCAGUCUCUGGCUUCGAACAUCACGACUCGCAUGUGGGACUCUAUGCAGCAGACCCGGAGAGUUACGAUGUGUUCAACAAACUCUUUGAUCCGAUAAUCAAGGAGUAUCACGGCCAAGAGGACAAUGAAAGCGAUGUUUUGCAGAAGGAUAUUGACUGGGGUAAUGUGGAUGAAAUUGAGAAUCUGGAUGCAGAACGCAAAUAUAUUCUCUCUGCACGCAUUCGCAUUGCUCGCAACAUUGAGGGAUUACCGUUUUUUCCCAAGCUGACGGAGAAACAGUUAAUUGAGGUCGAGGAUAAGGUGCGUGCUGCCACGGAGACUAUGGAUGGUGAGCUCAUCGGCACCUAUCUCACCUUGGGUGAUAUUGAUACGGAAACUCAGCAGGAGAUGGUGAAACGGCAUAUACUAUUUCAGCGUGGUGAUCGCUUUUUGCAAACUGCUGGGUGCUUCCGUUUUUGGCCAACAGGUCGCGGAGUCUAUCACAAUCCCGCCGAGACAUUUUUGAUUUGGGUAAAUGAGGAGGAUCAUUUGCGCAUCAUUUCGAUGGCUCAGUGUGGCGACUUGGGAGAUGUUUAUCAACGCUUAGUCAAUGGCAUUUCUGAGUUGGAGAAGAACCUGACGUUUGCACGUCAUCCCAGCUAUGGCAACCUGAGCGCAUGCCCCACCAACUUGGGCACUACUCUACGCGCCUCGGUGCACAUUCGCCUACCACUUUUGAGCAAGGAUGAGGAGCGUUUAAAGGCAAUGGCCGAGGAGUUAUCGCUGCAGAUACGAGGCACUGGAGGUGAGCAUACCAGCAUCGAGGAUGGCGUGAUGGACAUCUCAAAUAAGCGUCGCUUGGGCUAUACCGAGUUCGAGUUGGUAAAGUCUCUGCAGGAUGGAAUUGUGGCUCUAAUCAAUGCUGAGGAGGAACUUGAAAUAGCUGGACAAGAGGGCUAAAUAACUUCCUCCCAAUAAAGGUAAAAUGUGAAUAGGAGAAGUGCAUGUGAGAAUCUGGACCAGAAAUUGUUAUAAUUAAGAAAACAUUGCAUAAAAUAAACUUGAAAACUUUA